AACUGCCCCCUGUUCCUGUUAAAGCUUUUGCAUCCGACGAUGUGCCUCUGACUAGUCAGAGAGCGGGCCCCAUGCACGCAGCCCUCUUUACCCCCAUCCGCAGCCCGCGCUUGUGUCCUUCUCCGCGAGCCAGUACACGCACCACUUCCCCCCUUCGAUCUAGCCAUCCCAACUCCGCCGACUCGCUGGAACCCUAGCCAGCCGCCGCCAUGCCGCCGCGCCGCGGUAGAAGGAAGGGGAAGGGCAGGGCAAAGCCAAGAGCGAAGGCCACCGAGCCCGAGCCUGAGCUAGAGGAAGCCGCCGAUUCCGAGAUCGAGGCGGGGGACGCGAAGGCGGAGGAGUCCGGCGAAGCGAAAGAAGAUGAAUCGGCAAGCGACGCCGAGUCCAUGGAUGCAGAUGCCAACGAGGAAGCCGUCGAGAACGGAGCGGAUGAGAUGGAUGCGGAGCCUGAAGCCAAAGCCGAGCCGGAAGCGGUAGCCACCGAGGCGGAAGCGAAACCUGACGUCUCGGAUGCCGAGGAUGAAGAAGCCGGUGAAACGUGCUCCGACCGCGAAGCAGAUGCCAAGGAUGUUGAUUCGAAGGCCAAAGCGGAGGAGUCCGACGGCGAGGAUGAGGAGGGAGCCACCGCCGAGACCGACGGCGAGGAUGAGGAGGGAGCCACCGCCGAGACCGACGGCGAGAGUGAAGAGGAAGCCGCUGAGACGGGCGGCGAGAACGAAGAAGAUGGUGGGGACUCCGACACCGAAGGUGAUGCUGAGGAAUCCCCUCCACCCCCUCCUUCCCGCAGCCGCCGCCGUAAGCGAGCGGCCACUCCCGAUGAUGAAGCAGAGGAGACCCCUACACCGUCGCGUCGCCGGCGCCGUCGGAAGUCGAGGCAGCGUGGUGACUCUCCGCCGCCACUUCCGGACCACCUCCGUUGCCGUCGUAGCGACGGGAAGAAGUGGCGCUGCUCGGGCCGUGCACUCCCAACUGUUAGCUUCUGCGAAUACCACUACGCGAGGGCCAACAAGGGCAAGAAGCUACCAGCGGAUGGAGAGCUCCUUGCUGUCGCUCUUCAGAGGCAGAAGAACAAGAGGAAGGGCAGGAGGAGAAUCAAUCCGUCGACGUCCCCUCAGGCAGCCACGAGUGACCGCCAGACCAGGGAUCUCCCAAACGGACUGAUGACGAUCUUGCCAGGUAGCAGUGGACCUGCAGCACUGUCAACUCCUGUUACUACAAAAGUUGGUGUAGAAAUUUCUGCACCGAUGCAGCGGUGCUAUCGAUCCAAGAAUGCUGAGCCAUUGCCUGUUGGUCCUGUGAAGGUUGUUCCUCGUGCUAUGAGUAUGACGAAAGCAGCACCAAGAAUGUGUCACUGCUGCGGGGUAAAGAAGGCAGCGCGUGUUGCCAAUUGCAAGAACUGUGAUACGAAUUUCUGUAACAGCUGCAUUAAUAAAUGGUAUUCUAAGUUGUCCAGGAAGGAUAUAAAGGCUCGUUGUCCAGCUUGCCGUGGUCUCUGCAAUUGUAAACUGUGCAGCCUUGGUCAUACCAAGGGUGCUACUCAUAAGGAACCGCCAAGUGGUGAAAGGAAGAUACUCAGCAUAAAAAUUUCCAACCAUCAAUUUUACAAGCUUUUACCUGUAAAACUUGACCGGGAGCAACUUGACGAGUUGGAAUUAGAAGCUAAAAUACAAGGAACAAAAACAUCUAAUGUCCGUGUCCAGGUUGCUGAAAAUGGUCAGAGUGAGUCACUCUACUGUAAUAACUGUAAGCUCUCUGUGAGUCAAUUCUUGAGAUGCUGCCCAACAUGCCCGUUUAAGCUGUGCCUAAGUUGCUGUCAGAAGAUACGUCAAGGAAACAUGUCGAACAGCAACCCUGAAGAUAAGUUCAAGAACCGGUUGCUUCAACAAGAGUCUGUCCAUGAGGAUGGCAGCAUUACUUGCCCUUCGAUUGAGCUGGGUGGCUGCGGUGACGCCAUGCUGAACCUGAUAUAUGCAUCUCCAUCGAGCCAGUCUGAAGAGCUCAGUUCAGAAUGUGAGCUGGAUGCUGCAGGCAAUCAUUCUGGAGUGAAGGAUGCUGAAGUUCACGGAUCACCUGUACCUGAGAGUAAUGGAAGAUUAGCAGCAGCUUCCCAGGCAGAAACAAUGUCCACAUAGUCUCAGAAGAUGCAAUUCUUGUUGGCUCAUCUUUCAGGUGGGAGCGCAAGCGUUUAUAUUACAUUGAAGCCUGAAGAUAGUGUAUGAUAUGGUCAAAAAUCGGUAGAGGGUAGGUUGCCUGAUUAGGUUGCUUGAUUUAGGAGGUUGCCAGCCUAUAUGGCCAUUGAUUUUAGGCCUGUGACCUGGGGAUAAUCCCAAUUGUUGUAUUGUUCAUCUUUGACCAGGGAGCGAACAUCGUUGUACAUAUGGUUAUGGCUUUAUUUUUGUCAUUACCGAGGGGCGAGAGCUGAUGAAUGGUUGUACUGUCGUUCGUUCAAGGGAUUACCUGGCUAUUUUGUGGUACCGUCA